AUGAACAUUGUUCCACCGCACUAUAAUGAUGGCAACCGAGCCUUCUUGCAAGCCUUCUUGGCUCGCGGGACCCUUACAUUCGAGGAAGCGCAGACCAUUCUUGCAGAAAUAUUUACAAUCGAAGCCGAAGAUGGCGAACCGGUCGCCACCGAACAGGUCACCCAGCAGGAUUUCGAAUCUUUCCUGGAAGCAGCUGCUGAAGCCGUUUCUUUCUUCGACUACGAGAUCCGAAGCGCUGUCCACCAAGUCUCCAAGAAGCGUGUCUAUGCUCUCGUCAACACGGCUUCGGACCCGAUGACCCAGCUCGCGACCACAUAUAAUGCCGAACAGAUCGCAUUCAUCAAGAGACUACUCGAUGCCAUGUUCGAGACGUACAACUCCCCGCGCAUGGAGCUUAUGUGCAUCACAGAGAUGCAGGCCAUUAAGCUGGCCCGUCCCCCGCGUCAGCAGAACAACAACCGCAACGACGUCGACGAGGAUGGAGCACCGACACAGACGCAGUCUUCCGCGGACAAGGGGCUGAAGCACAGUGAGGUGGAAGACAUGCUGAUGAACCUGAUGAACCAGGGCUGGUUGGAAAAGUCUAGGAACGGGUUUUAUAGUCUCAGCCCCCGCGCGCUGCUCGAGCUCAGAGCGUGGCUCAUCGACUCGUACAACGACCCCGACGCGGCCGCGCAGGAGUGGCAACGCAUCAAGUUCUGCGAGGCGUGCAAGGGGAUCGUCACCGUUGGCCAAAGAUGCGGGGAGGUAGAUUGCAACGCACGCCUGCACCACAUUUGCGCCGACGCAUACUGGCGAACGCAACGCAGCCACAAGUGCCCCAGAUGCUCAAGAGACUGGGAUGAUGAACAUUACGUCGGGGAGGAAGCGCAGACCAGUACAGAGGCCUACAAGAGGGGCCGCCGUAGAAGCGGAGGCAGGAAAAGUAACGUGGCUGACGAAGAUGUACACGAGAAUGGUGAAGAGGAAGACGAGGAUGAGGCAUGA